AAGCCCGCCUGAGCUGCUAUACCGCUCUUGUUUACAGAAGCUACCUGCCCACAACACAAAGCUGUCGCUUGGUCUGAUGGAGCAAAGGCGCUCAGCACAGCUCAGUACGGCAAGGCAACAAUGCGACCGGCGUGGAUACAGCACGGAGCGGACUGGAAAUUUGACACAGCACCAGAGAGCUCACGCAGGAGAGAAACCCUUCAAGUGCAGUGUGUGUGGGAAGGCAUUUUCACGGUCAUAUUAUCUUAAAAGACACCAGAGAGCACACACGGGAGAGAAACCCUUCAAGUGUAGUGUGUGUGGGGUGGCAUUUUCACAGUCAAAUAAUCUUAAAAGACACCAGAGAACACACAUAGGAGAGAAACCUUUCAAGUGUACUCUGUGCGGGAAGGCAUUUGCACAGUCAUCUUCUCUUAAAAAACACCAGAGAAUACACACGGGAGAGAAACCCUUCAAGUGCAUUGUGUGUGGGAAGGCACUUUCACGGUCAUCUGUUCUUAAAAGACACCAGAGAACACACACAGGAGAGAAACCUUUCAAGUGUACUCUGUGCGGGAAGGCGUUUUCUUUUUUACAUCAUCUCGUAAGACACCAGAGAACACACACGGGAGAGAAACCCUUCAAGUGCAGUGUGUGUGGGAAGGCAUUUGCACAUUCAUCUACUCUUGUAACACACCAAAGAACACACACGGGAGAGAAACCCUUCAAGUGCACUGUGUGUGGGAAGGCAUUUUCACAGUCAUCUUCUCUUAUAAAACACCAGAGAACACACACGGGAGAGAAACCCUUCAAGUGCACUGUGUGUGGGAAGGCACUUUCACGGUCAUCAGAUCUUAAAAGACACCAGAGAACACACACGGGAGAGAAACCCUUCAAGUGCAUUCUGUGCAGGAAGGCGUUUUCAGAUUCUUCCAAUCUUCAACACCAGAGAACACACACAGGAGAGAAACCCUUCAAGUGCACUGUGUGUGGGAAGGCAUUUGCAUGGCCAUCAGUUCUUCAGAUCCACCAGAGAACACACACAGGAGAGAAACCCUUCAAGUGCAGUGUGUGUGGGAAGGCGUUUUCACGGUCAUUUGCUAUUAAAACACACAAGAGAACACACACGGGAGAGAAACCCUUCAAGUGCAGUGUGUGUGGGAAGGCGUUUGCACAAUCACCACAUCUUCAAGCACACCAGAGAACACACACGGGAGAGAAACCCUUCAAGUGCAGUGUGUGUGGGAAGGCAUUUUCACAGUCAUCUUCUCUUAUAAAACACCAGAGAACACACACGGGAGAGAAACCCUUCAAGUGCACUGUGUGUGGGAAGGCAUUUUCACGGUCAUCUUCUCUUAAAAAACACCAGAGAACACACACGGGAGAGAAACCCUUCAAGUGCAGUGUGUGUGGGAAGGCAUUUACACAGUCAUCAAAUCUUAAAAAACACCAGAGAACACACACGGGAGAGAAACCCUUCAAGUGCAGUGUGUGUGGGAAGGCGUUUUCACGGUCAUUUGCUAUUAAAACACACAAGAGAACACACACGGGAGAGAAACCCUUCAAGUGCAGUGUGUGUGGGAAGGCGUUUUCACGGUCAUUUGCUAUUAAAACACACAAGAGAACACACACGGGAGAGAAACCCUUCAAGUGCAGUGUGUGUGGGAAGGCAUUUUCACAGCCAUCUUCUCUGAUAAAACACCAGAGAACACACACGGGAGAGAAACCCUUCAAGUGCAUUCCGUGCGGGAAGGCGUUUACACAGUCAGAACAUCUUCAAGUCCACCAGAGAACACAGACGCAUCAGAAUAUCCACAAGGAGUGGAGUCUGAAAUCAGCUUGUGAAAGUCAAAGUGCCGCAAUGAGCCCAUCCCUCGUGAAACAAGAACCGGAAGAAAAUCCCAGCUUGGACACUUUUAAAGGUAAUGAGGUGAAAUAUGAAGAGGUGAAGGUGAAAUAUGAAGAGGUGAAGGUGAAGAGCGAAGAAGUGAUGGUAAAAUGUGAAGAUGAAGAUUCAACUCCAGAAUGGGACCUUCACAUCGAUGGAGGCAACGUGAAGCAGGAGGAGAAUUCUGACUGAGGCAGAGUGAGGCAACUCCAAGCAUCUUC